UUUUGAUCACCAUGGUCGACAGUCAUAAACCAGUACCUGUAUUUAUUGUUAUGGGUGUAUGUGGUUCAGGCAAAACUUCCAUUGCUGAAGAAUUACAAAAGUUACUGGGUUGUGAUUAUGUGGAAGGCGAUCAAUUACAUCCUCCUGCGAACGUUGAGAAGAUGGGUGCUGGGAUUCCUUUGGUGGACGACGAUCGUUGGUCAUGGUUAGAAAAGAUCCGGGAUACGAUUAUUGAACGAACUGAGGGAUUGUACAACAAGAAAGAAGAAAGUAGUAGAGCGUUGGUAGUGACUUGUUCCUCACUUCGAAAGGUAUACCGAGAUAUCUUGUGUCAAGUACCUACAGACAAGACCAAAGUGACAUUUGUAUAUUUGAAGGGUUCUCCUGAACUUUUAGCGGAAAGAAUGGGAGCUCGAAAAAAUCAUUUCUUUGGAGCAUCUUUACUUCAGUCUCAAUUGGAUACUUUGGAAGAACCUAAUGCUGCUGUGGAAAACGUGAUUGUUGUUGAUAUUCGUCCUGAACCUAAAGUGGUGGCUGCCAAUAUUUUGUCUCAAAUUACUAUUUAGAUUAUUAUUUUUAGAAUCAUAUCAGCCUAUUUAUUCUGUUAUUUUUUUUGUAUAUAAAUAAAAAAAGGAUAUUGAUAUUUUUUGAUAUGUUUAUGCCAAGGCUUGAAUCUUCAAAGUCAGUCUAAAAA